GCUACAUUAUUAAUGAUGGCAGAGAAACUAAACCUGGCCGAGAAACCAUAUGUCAAGAAAGAAAGACACAGAAAUACUUUAGCCGGUAACAAGAUGAUGUCAAGAGCGAGACCAUGGUUGUGGAUCGGAUCUACUUGAUGUUACUGCGCCGAAGAAACCGUGAAACAUCCAAGUGAGGAGAGGUUGUCACUUUGCAGACAAAGUAUUCAUGGAGGGAGAACCAGACGAGGCAGAUGAGGAUGUUAAGGACAGGCCAACUGUGCUGUGGGAGAAGUGUAUUCAGCAGAGUAUCUUUGUUGACCUUAGUGAGGAUGAAAGUCUUCACCUGAGUGACCUGGAGAAUUCUUUUGCCAUACAUCUGUCCCAAGCAGAGUCUGCAGCCUCUGAGGCCAGCAUCCAUCUCAGUGGAAGUGCUGAGCUGUCAGCUUUAGAUGUCACUUCCUCAGAGUCCAGCACUGUCAGCAGUCAGAGUGAAAGACUGGUAAAGAGCAAGAUCAAGAGCAGCAAAUUGCAUGUGUCUGCUGAAAGACCAAACACCAUGCAAGGUGAGCCCCCAUUAAAUCAGGACGCAGGGCAGGAUACAAGCGACGAGGAUCAGGACGACCUACCUUAUGAUCCUUUCGAUGGUGACCUUGGAAGCACCUACUUCAACAAGACUUCUAUCUCUGAGGGAGAAAGAAGCUCAGAUGGAAGAGCUACUGUCCAUGCAAGUCCAGAUGCUUUAGAUUUGCUUGAAUGUAAUCAAAUAGAGAGAGAUGAUUUAGUUAAACACUUGUUUUCUGUUGAGCACAAUGCUGAGAAACCUGCAGCUCUGUUGCAAGAGGAUGCCAACACUAAACAGGAUCAUGUUUUUAAUGCUUUAAAGCCAAAGGAGUUUGCCCCAUCAUGCCCUGCAGACAUUAACCAGGUGUUGUUGCGACAUUUCUCCCAGGAAGAACUGCUGAGGCCUGGCAGGCUGAUUGAGGCAGAGACUCUGCCUGAGGUGUCCCUGCUAGAGAGCAUGGAUGGCACAGUUUUGAGCUGGGCUCCAGUAAACAAAAGCACAACAAAUAACAGUAACAAUUCAGAGAGCUUUGCUUGUAAUUCUGAGAUUAUUCAGAGUUCCUGUGCAGAAAGAUCUAAUGAAAAGAGUCAUGAUGUAAAAUCAAGUUUAGUGGAGGAGCCCGAAGAGAGACCUGAAAAGGUAAAUGCUUCUGCUUCUAACUGUAUUGCAUCCAACUCUCAAAGUCCAGACUCAAAACAGGACACAAGUGCUGUAGAUCUAGCAAAACAGGAAAAGUCCCAAGAAAAUGAUCAGGUGGGACAAGUCCCACUUGUGCGCACCAGGUCCUUCACUGAGAUGAAAUAUGGACAAGGCCAAGUCCAUUAUCCACUACCGGACUUCUCCAAGGUUGCCCCGAAGGUUAAAAUCCCCAAAGCUCCAAGUGGACCAGCCCAACCCCAACCCCUUCCCCAGAGCCCCAGCACCAUGCACAGAGCCCAGUCCUCUCCAGAGAUGUUAGAAGUGAUCAGCAGAGUCCUGGAGGACUCAGUCCAGCUGUCAGAGAAGCCCUAUGUGUUCAAAGAUGAGGACAAACAGACUCCUGCACUGGUGCAUCACCUGCAGGCUGAAUAUGAUAAAUUACUAACCAAAUAUGCUGAGGCCGAGAACCUUAUAGAUCAAAUGAGAGUUGGAACUAAUGCUCAGUCCUCCUCAGAGCUCAUGCUUCAUUUUGAGUGUGAGGAUGAUCAUCUAGAAAAUAUACCUUUAGUUAAGGGAAUCCAUAUUGGAUCAUUGGCUCCUGUCCUUCCCACAUCAGAGUUUAAGAAUUUGGGUGAAAAAAGAGAAACAAACUCCCAAAAUAAAAUCAAGGAGAUGAACACAGAUUCCUCAAACCAGCCUGAAGAAGGUCCAAGUUAUGGAGAAAUAAUGACAACAGAGCUGAGAGACAUCAUCAGCCAGUUCAUGCAGAGAGUGGAAGAACUCAAAAUUAGUGUAAGCAACAUGUCAGUGAGCCCAGCAGAGCAGCACAUGAUGCUGAGGGGGCUUAUGGAGGCUCAGGACCAGCUGGAGAGAAAAUACAUCAGCAAGAAAGAGGAGCACAGAGCUCUGGAGAUGCAAAACUACAUGGGCCUGUGCAGGAACACUGGCACAUUUGACCCAAACAGGCUGGUGGAGGGAGACAUAUUCAGGAUAGGGAUGCACCUUGAGGACAUAAAGGAGUUGAUAGACAAAAACGUGUAUGAACAGAUAUCUCCACCUCACUCAUCCUCCACUCCCACACCCAUGAGACAGACACAGCAUGUGAUGCUGAAUCCUCUCUGCAUACUUACACCUUCACCCCCACCAUCCCUGCAUGAGGGACCAUGCUCAGGUUUUUCCACUGCUGGAUUUCAUAUGGAGAAAGAAGAAGAAAAUAUGGAGAAAGUAAAGAAGGACAGCAGGGUCUAUGGAAAUGUUCAAUUACAGGAAAGUCACGAAGUUCUAACAACGAACUCUUUAAUGAGAAACAGCGGCCACAGCAGCUGCCAUUCAAGAAGCUCGCAGGGCUCUGUGGAGGGACUGGAAAUUCACACAGCGGAGACAGAGGAGGAGGAGAGGAACUCUGUCUUUUCAGAUGAGAUCGACCACAGUAACAUCUUAGCAUACUUAGAUGGAAGCAGCUCAUCAUUCUCAGGACAGAUACAGAGGACAGCCGACAGUCAUAGCACCCUGGUUAGUGUCCUGCACGCAGUGGGUGAGUGUGAUCAGGGAGACUGUGUGAGUCUCGCUGUGGAGCUCUCCUGUUUGUCUGAUGCACCCAGAGACUCAGAAAACCACAACCUCUCAGAGCCUCCUCUCCAAACAUCUUCUUCAGCACAGAGGAUUGUGAGCCCAGAGACUGACAGCGGAUUUGGAAGUUCUUACCUGAAUAACUCGGCUUCUGGAUCAUUUGAAUCGAAUCAGCUCACAGAACGUGUGCCGUCCCAGAAUGAUGGUUUAAGCAGCACAGACACUGAGGACUCCUGCUCCAACCUGCAGACGGCAAUCCAUUCAGCCAGCCUCCCCAGUCAGUUGUGGGUAAGCCCCAAUCAAUCUGUUGAAACACAGUCCUGUGGUGGAACAGCAGCAGUGGAGAGGUGGGUGCAGAGUACCACUAAGGAGCCUUUGGUCCGUUUGCAAGGAUCUGAAGGCAGCCCGCCUGCUCAGCUCCAUUACCACAUUCCUGAACCCAAACUCAGUGCCACCAUGGACACAGAUGACAGAGGCAGUCCACUUAACUCAUGCUCUUGUAAUAGCGAGGUUAUCGUAGCUUUGCAGUCAGAGGUAUACAGGCUGAAGAAGGACCUUGAGGAGGGCCUGGACCAGCUGCCUCACCUAGCACAGAAGAUGGACUAUCUCACCUCAAGAUACAGAGAGGAUCGUCAGGAGCGCAGGUCUAAAACCAGACUCCGAAACCAGCACAGACUAGCAUGCAACAGUUUGUGGAAGCCAUUAAGUAGCAGACAGCCUUUGAGCGAUGUUAGUUCCAGUCAGGUGAAGAAGGAGGACUGGAUAUCUUCAGACAUGGACCCCAGCAGGAGCAAAGGCACAGACAGUGGUGACACAGCUGGUUCUGAUAACAUGUUGCAGUUCCAAAGUACACCCAUAGGGAGCAGGAGAGGGACGGGCAGCGGGAGCUGUUCACCUGAGUUUACCAAUAAACUGCAAUCCAACCAAGGUCUGAGCUGUUGUUUCUUAGUACUGACUUUAUUCAAUAGUUUAAUUAAUAUGGGAUGUGUUGUACUCAAAGAUGUGUCACAUGUGUCUUAUGGUCCUCGGUCAGAGAGAAACAGCUCAGUUAAAAACUCUGUUCCGACCAGCUCUAUCUUAAAGGGAGGGAAAGAAGAGACUUCUUAUAGCCAAGCCAUGAAAAGGACACAAACAGCAGUCAUAGACGGGUUUUUUGUCAAGGAGAGGAGGCCUCUUUUCUCUUCUCCAUCUCUUCAGAAGCCCCUCCUACAAGUAAGCUAUGGCUCCUCCAGCAGCCUGCCUGCAAGCUAUAAAGUGAGGGAGCCACUGAUGCAGUCCACGUCCCGACACAGAAAGCGCUCCACCCAGUCAGACACGGCACUCCUGCCCAGCAAUGUGUACUUCCAGAGGACACAGACCCCAGCAUCAGCGCCCUCAAAGGCUGGCAGCAGGAAAAGCAGGUGCGGAGGAAGCAAGGAAGAAGAGAUGAGUCGGACUCUAGACCAGGCUAUCGAGGUGGCCCGCAGCAUGAAGAGGACCACGGACAGGAUGGCAAAGAGACUGUCAGCUGACCUGGCUGAGGCUAAGCUCCACAGGAAGCUGCACAAUAUUCAGCCGCUAGGGGGCAGGAAACACCACGCAUUGUAACAAGAAGGUUACAGAUCAGUUUACCCUACAAUCAUCAAUCUGCCAGUCCCUAUGUCACCUGAUGCUUAUAGAUAAUACAGUACUACCUUUCUUCUAAGCUGAGGGAGUUAUUUAAGUACCUGUGUUAGGUCAUGUCUUUUUUUUUUUUACAGAUUUGUAUAUUUAUACUUCACAGAACAGUCUGAACUCACUCUCAGAAUGUACAACCGUACAACCGUAUGUGACUUUUUUGUGAUCAUUUUAAAGCAAAUUGAUAUUUUUAAAGAUUGAAAGUCUUUUAUUGACUUUGUUUACAUUUGAUUUGAGGUCCUUUGACCACAACAAUAUUUGAUCAGUACAGAUCAAAACGAUUCCUAUACCUUCAUGUAUUUUAUAAAGGAGAAACAA